GGCAGCUCAGUUUGUGAGGAGCGUUCGGCGGAUACACAUCGCUUAUAUCGCUCUGGCCAGCUCGUCCCAAACGGGCCUAAACGGUUCCGCCAAACGCACCAACAAAGCCAAAAAAUAUUUAACAACACUUUAUUUAAAUCAAGUCGAGCGUGCGCAUUUGUUUUCGUGAUUAUCCAAACGGACAAACAUUUCAAAUCCCCUUCUAAAUCGGUCUGCGAAAACAUAUCCAUUUUUUAUUGGCCGUGGCGUGUGCGUUCUGUGACAGAGCCAUUGAACUGUGAAACCACCGAAAAUAUUUGGAAAGACAUAAACAAUAACAUACUUAUAUCCCUAUACUAAUUGCUGUCGGGAAAUUUUGUUUGCGGUGCGUCGCAGAAAAACUCUUGUUUCUACGCUGCAAGAAUUGUUUAAAUUAAUACUUUUGCUUCGCCCGAUCUGCUUUGUCGUUUGGUUCGUAAACAAAAUUGUGGUCUGAAUUUUCAUUUUCCAAAUACUAAAGCGCAAGAGACCAAGCCAAAGCAACAAAUGUGACAACAAACAAUAAAUUGUGAUACAACAUAUGUGAACUCCGCUGGCAAUUGGGCUUGCCUCUUAUUCCCCCAAAAUAAUCAGCGUUUGAAGAACCAAGUCACAACCAUCUAAAGUACAAACACAAUCCCCAAAAAGAACCCAACUCACUUAGCUUCAAUUACACUCAUUUCAAAAUGGAUUUCGAUCAGAUUCUGGCCAAAUGUGGCGACUUCAAUCGCUACCAAUUCAUGAUACUCGCCCUCUUCGGGUUUAUUAAUAUCAUCGUAUCGAUGCAUUACUUUACGCAAACAGUCAUUAGUUUUGUGCCAGAUCAUUGGUGUUAUCAUGAUAAGCUAGUGAAUAUGACCUAUAAGGAGAUCGGUGAGAUCUAUGCUAAGUUCGAUCAGCCCUCGUGCACCCGGUUGGAUGACAUCAAUGGACACAAUGUCACCGUCAGCAGCAAACCGUGCGAGAAGUGGAUCUACAACUACGAUUUUGGCUACAGGAGCAUGAACACGGAGCUGAACUGGGUCUGUGACUCGGCGUACAAGGCACGCAUUGGCCAGUCCCUGUUCUUCAUCGGCUCCGUGGUGGGCACUCUCUUCUACGGCCUGCUCUCCGAUAAGAUUGGCCGUGUUCCCGCCCUAAUCUUGUCCAACUUCUGCGGCUUUGCCGGUGAUUUCUCCACCAUAUUCACCAAGAGCGUGGGCACUUUCACACUUUGCCGCUUCAUUUCCGGCCUGGCAGCCGACACAAACUUCUACCUGAUGUACAUUAUAGUUCUCGAAUAUAUUCGCCCCAGCAUGAGAACCCUGGGACUCAACAUGGCAGUGGGUCUGUUCUACUGUCUGGGCCUGGUCUUCACUCCUUGGCUGGCCGUUUUGGUGGGACACUGGCAGAUGUACCUGGCCUGCACCUCACUGCCCAUCCUGCUGGUUGUGCUCUAUUACUUUGUGGUGCAGGAGAGCGCCCAGUGGCUGGUCACUCGGAAUGACAUCGACGGGGCCAUCGUGCGGCUGAAGCGGGUGGCCAAGUUCAACGGCUGCCGGGUGACUCAGGCGGAGUUCGACGAGUUCCGGCGCCACUGCCAGAUGACCCGCGAAAUGCAGGGCGGCGAUGACAAGAAACAGGCCACCCUGCUGGACAUGUUCAAAACGCCACGCAUGCGCAAGAACACACUCAUUCUGUUCUUUAAAAGCAUGGUGAUCACCCUGUGCUACGAUGCCGUCUCCCGAAAUGUGGAGGGCAUGGGCAUCUCGCCCUUCAUCAUGUUCUCCCUGAGUGCCGUGGCAGUGCUGCCCUCGAGUAUCCUGCUGGUCCUGCUGCAGGAUCGCAUUGGCCGCAAGGGCAUGGCCUCGGGAUCCCUGCUGGUGGGCGGAAUCUUCACAACCGCCGCCGGAAUUGCGAUCGCCUACCAGCAGCACAACCACAAUGCCAUUCUACUGGCCUGUCUGACUAUCGCCGCCCGUUUCGGUGUGGCCAUCUCCUACGAAUCUGGCUCUCAGUACGCCACCGAGCUGAUUCCCACCUGCGUGAGGGGUCAGGGAGUGGCUGCAGUCCACGUGGCCGGGUUCGCGGCCUCCUUUCUGGCGCCCUACAUCCUCUGGCUGGGCACCUUGAUCAGGGCGGCGCCUUCGAUAAUCCUGGGCAUACUGUUCUUUGCCGGAUCCUUUGUCUGCCUACUGCUGCCAGAGACGCUUAACAGGAGCCUGCCCACGACCAUCGAGGAGGGCGAGGUGUUCGGCAAGGGCGAGCGCAUGUUCGACUUCCCGUGCCUCCACAACCGGCACGAUGACGAGGAAUCCGACUCCGAGCUCGAGAAAUACAAGCGCAAGCACUCGCUGAUCGACGCCAAGCAGAUGCAGAUGGAAUCCUGCUCGAACGGGAAGCGCAAGCAGUCCCUGAUCGACGCCGACCGCGAGGAGCAGGCCCUGAAGGACGCCAAGCACUGAGGGGCCCACUUCCUCCCGCCCUCAGUAGUUCGUAGUUUAGCUAACCAAUUUUCGCUUAGACCUUAAGACCCAGGCUCCUUAUCCAGAUCCAGAUCCAGAUCCAGAUCCAGAAUGGGUGCCAACAAAAUGUGUGCUCAGUAUGCGGAAGCCUUUUCUUAUUUGUAUAGGAGUGUACCCGUAUACAUUUAUAAAUACUUAUAUAUACCUAUUCUAGCUGGUAAUGACCUAGGACGUAGCUGUACAUUUAACCCGAUCGAAAAUUAAUGUAUUUCCAAAACGCUGAUUGUGCUUGAGAAAGGAAUCGUAUAGUUAACACUUAAGCGGCACAAAAUCACUUAAAUGAAACCAAUUGAAUACUUAUCGUAAGAGUUUUUCAUAAUAACUACUUGUAAAUAAGUGCGAUACUACUUAGGCCAGGAACUGAAUGUUCUAUUUUGGAUUUUGAUCUUUAAGCAAACGAGAGCCAUUAAGCAAACUGAUAAUAACUAUUUAAAGUUAGAAAACCAUAGAAAAUAUACAAAUCAAAAUCAAUUU